AUGUUUGAAAUUAGCAAUGUAAGUAGUAAAGAUCAGUUUCUAGAGCAAGCGAAAGCUGCUCGACUGGAACGGGCACAAGAACGGAAAAAAGAACAAGCUGCCAUAACUAUUCAGUCCUAUGCUCGAGGUUAUUUUGCUCGUCAGAAAUUAAAACAUGAUGUAUGGAAAGAAUUUGAUGAGAUAUUUAUGGUAUUUAAUGAAUCAAACAAAUUGCCUCUUGCACUUGAUGUAUAUAAAAUCAUAAGAAGACUGAUGUUUCUCAUCAAUGAAGACACCAAUGAUAAAGAAAGAUUUGAAAAAUUAUGUAAAUACAUCAUAGCAAGCAUUGAUAGUGAUUCUUUGAAAAAAAGUUACAUUGCGGUGGCCUUCAAUAAAGAACUUGCUGUUGCAUGGAUACAUCAUUUGAAAACAUUAUUAUGGCAAUGCUGUGUAUAUUUAAAAUCCUUAAAGCCUGAGAGACCUCAAGAUUCUAAAUCAAUGAUGUUAUAUCUUCAUAUGUUGGUAACAUUCACUAGCACUGGAACAUGGAAAGUGCUGAAUAACAAACAAGGAGAAGCAUUAAAGCCAGCAAUGAACCAACUAUGUGCAAAUAUUAUGGGCCAUCUUGUUACUAAAGGGCUAUACUCUGUCCUGCAAGGUGUCCUGUUAAAAGGAUUAGUUAGAGUGAAACCUUGCUUGAAACGAGCUACACUUCUUGCCAUUACAAAUUUAUCAGUACGUCCUGUCGUUUCUUCCCAAUUUUCCAACAACUUGAUGAAUUUGUUCCUUCUACAUGUAAUGUCAGUUCCUGCUUUAAUGCUGCAUUUUCACAACUCCGCUUCAGAGUGUCUGAUAAUAUUGUCAAACCAUGAAAUUUUCAAACAUGCUUUGGAUUUGCUUGUUUCUGAACAAAAUACAAGAAUAUUAUUUAAUGCUCUGGAAGGGAAUUAUGCUCUUUGCCUUAUUGCUAAUCUUAUUCACAUGGGCCAUUCUGAUCUUGAAAAUCUCCAAACAAAUUUACUGGAUUUCAUUAAUGUUAUUACCAGAAUUAUGGAAAGCUGUCAAAAAUAUGUUGUAAACAAGCAAUCUAAUCUGACUCAUUGGCAUCCAGUGUUAGGGUGGUUUGCACAAAAAAUUGACCUUGGGCUUCACGAAUCUUUGUCCUUAGUAAAAAAGCAAAUUCAACUUUUGUGGAGUGGACCAAUGAUUACGGCAAUAUUUUCCCAUUUAGUUGACUCUGUGUUAGCAGCUCCACAACCGUCUAGUCCUACUUCAAAUCAGACUGUAACAUCUCCUGUCCAAAGUUCUCCUUUUAAAACAAGCAUAUUCAAAAAGGCAUUAGAGAAAGCCUCAUCUAGUCGUUUAGCUACUGUGCGCUACAAGCGGUUGGGUAGUCCAGAAACCACUCUUGUAGCAUUAACAUGCAAUCUGUAUGAGACAGCACUUGCAACACUAACUCAAAUGAAACUGGACAUUCUUACUGGUCUAUGCUAUCAAGAUAUGGUGCUGCCUAACCUAUGGAAAUUUAUUAGCAGUCUUGGUCCUGGAAAUGGUCUAAAAGCAUUUUUAGACCAUUUAGCAGUUACAACUAAGACGUGUAGUCCUGAAUUUCAAAUUUUAGUCUUAUUCUGUGAUUGUGCUACUCAUUUAAUUACGAUUCUUGAUGAUGUUGAAUUAUAUGAGCAGCAGAAACCAUUUUGCCUUGAUGACUUAGUCUCCAUAUCAUCUUUCCUAAAUCAACUAGUGUUUAAACUUAUAUGGAAUAAUUUAAUUGUUUCAUAUUAA